AUGUCAACUGUUUCUGGAUCAACUACUAAGCCAUGUAUGUCUGAAAGAGCAAAGGCAGAGAAGAGAUUGCGACUUGCAAAUCUGAGAAAGCAACAAAUUCUGAAGCAAGCUGAGUUGAAACGUAAGCAACUUGAAUUAGAUUCUCAAACUUUAGCAGCCGAAGCAGAUGCUGAAGAAGCUCAAAUUGAGUAUGAUAUGCUGUCAAGUGCUAGCCAUUCAAGACAAGGCUCAGUUAUUGACGGGUCAACAUUUUAUGGAUUUGAGGCUCAAUCUAGUUCUGAGAAAGUUGUUAAGUCAACUCCGAUUACUGAUCAUUUGAAGUUAUUAAGUCAAGAUGAUGUGGCUGAUACGUCACUUCCGCCUCCUAUGAAACCAUCAAAUGUGUCGGACUUUGAUCCAGAGAAAGCAAAUAGAAUCUUGCGGCAAAUUUUUACUCCUAUGGCAAAUGAUGACAAAGGAUGUAUGUUGGAUCCGAACGUUCCAUUCAUAUCAAAUGAAAAUCAAGUUCCAUCACCUGCGAAGAAUUUGGUGAGUGAUAUUAUGCAUGAUCAUAGAUUUGAUGCCAGUACAAAUCAGCAUCUCAUUCGCUUGAUUCCCACUGAAGUGCCGAAUGUUGAACCUGUAAACAGGUCAGCAGCCCAUGAAAUUAAGAUUGAGUCACCGGGUACUAUAAGAAGCCAUGCUAAUAUGGAAUAUGGUAUGCCGGAUCACACUGUUCAUGCGAUGGCGCAGCUGACGCAAGCUUUACAGGGAGGAAUGCUGAAUGUAGCAAAUAUCAUUAAGCAAGGUUUAAUGUUCCCUCAUAUUAAGAUGACAACAUUUAAAGGAGAAAUUCUCAAAUAUACUGAGUUUGUUCGAGAGUUCAAUACUUUUAUUGGUUCGAGUCAAUUGGAUGUUGCUCAAAAAUUGAAUUGUUUGAUUUCCAAUUGUGAAGGUUCUGCUAAAGAAGCAAUAUUGUCAUGUGGUUCUUUACCUGCAGAAAGAGGUUAUGAACUGGCACGAAGUAUUUUGCAUCGAAAUUAUGGUCAGAGGCAUCUCAUAAUUGAUGCACAUUUGCAAUUACUUACUGAAGGUCCCUCAAUAAAGGCAAAUGAUGUUAAUGCAUGGGAUGAAUUGGUCACCCAGGCACGGAAUUGCCUCAUUGUAUUCAAGGAAUAUGAUGCCAGAUGUAGUUUGGAUGAUUUAACUACAUUAAGAAAGAUUGUAAAGAGAUUUCCAAUACGACAUUUAUGGAAAUUUGCUCACAUUGCUAAUGAGAAGUACACCAAUGGAGAUAUUGUCAAUUUUGAUACUCUUCUUACAUUUAUGGAGACAGUUUCAAAUGUGAAUAGAUCUGGAUUUGGUAAGCUUGCACUUGAGACACAUAAAGGAAAGAAAUAUGUUGACAGUCCGAGUCAGCGGGGCAACCGCAGUGUGUCAUCAUUUCUUAUUUCUGAAGAGUCCUCUUCUAAAGCACCCACAGCUGAUCCUAAGUUGAGUAAUGCCACGUUGAGAAAACCACUACGAGAGUGCGUUGUGUGCAAAUCUGAUCAUCAGUUGUGGAGGUGUGAAGAAUUUAAGAAAAGGAAGGCCAAAGAGAUGUUCGAGAUUGUUUCCAAGAACAAGUUGUGUUUCAAUUGUUUGCUUCCAGAUCAUUUUGCAAGCCAGUGCAAGUCAAAUUAUCAUUGUAGAGCACCAGGUUGCAAUAGAAGACAUCACACACUGUUGCACGUUAAUAAGAAGCCUGAUUCAGUGAAACCAAAUGGUAGUACAGAUGUGCAAUCACCUCAAGAUGUGAGGUCUAAUGAGGCCGGAGCUACGACCGCCAAUGAGGCCGGUGUAACUUCGACUCAGUUGUGUGCUACUGAAGUUAAACCUGCCACCUUUAUAAGAAGAAAGGUGGUUCCUGUGCGAGUAUGGGGAACCGAUAAUCAAUCAUACGACACAUAUGGAUUCAUUGAUGAUGGCAGUAAUAUUAGCAUUAUCAAAACUGAGCUUAUGAAGAAACUUGGUUUACAAGGCAACAGCGACCCACUCGUAAUUAAGACGUUGGGUGGAAAAAUUGAACAUAAAUCAAGUCCUGAAGUGUCACUGAAUAUUCAAGGACUCAAUGAAACAAGGAUUAUUCAGAUGCAUGGAGUUCGAGUGUUGGACGAUCUUCCCUCGGAUUUGGAAUGCAACAUACCGUCUAAUAGUGCGAUGGCGAAAUACGAAUACUUGAAAGAUAUCAAUUUUCCAAAUGCAAAGAAUGCAAAAGUUGAAGUCCUGAUUGGUGUAGAUGUGCCUGAAGCUCAUGCGUGUUAUGGAAUGCGACGUGGGAGUAAUUCAGAGCCAUUUGCUGUGCAUACUGGUCUUGGAUGGGCAUUAUUCGGGCCAGAUGGCAAAUUUCAUCAACCAAGUGUAAAACAUCUUGAUUGGAUUCAUUUGGAUAAUGAAGAAUUGCAUGUUCAGAUGGAGCAAGCUUUUCGGAAUGAAUUAAAGGAUUCUAAUGUCAGUGGAUUUGACACUUUACCAUCUAUUGAAGACAAACAGGCUUUAAAGAUCAUGAAUGAUUCAAUUUGUAAAGUGAAUGGAAGAUAUCAAGUCAAGAUUCCAUGGAGGUCAUCUGAUAUCGAGUUGCCUGAUAAUAAGCAAGUUGCUGAAAGAAGAUUUGAGAAUUUACAGAGACGUUGUGUCAAAGAUUCUGGAUAUUAUGAAAAAUAUAAAGCCAAGAUGGAUGAAUACAUCUCUAAAGGAUAUGCUAGUAAAAUUGAAGACCAAGAUUUGAUACACAAGAAAAAUACAUGGUAUAUUCCUCACCAUGGGGUUGGAGGAAAAUUUCGAAUUGUUUUUGACGCGUCUGCCAAGUGUAACGAUAUAUCAUUGAAUGACAAUGUUUUAAGCGGACCACCGGAAACAAGCAGUUUGUUUGGUGUCCUUACAAGAUGUCGCGAAGAGAAAGUUCUGAUCAUUGGUGAUAUUUCUGCAAUGUAUCAUCAAGUUUUGGUUGCACCGGAAGACAGAGAUUCUCUGCGGUUCCUUUGGUGGCAAGAUGGAGAUUACAAUCAACCAGUUACAGAGUAUCGUUGGAAUGUUCACAUUUUUGGUGGCUCUUGGGCUCCUAGUGUAUGCUGUUAUGCCCUGAGGAGAGUUACUGUCGACAAUCGAGAUCACAUGGACAAGGAAACUUUAGGUGCAAUUAAUGAAAAUUUUUACGUCGAUGAUUUGCUUCGGUCAGAGCCAACCGUGGAAGAUGCAGUUCAUCGUAUAAAGGAUUUGUCCUCUCUUCUUGAUGAUUCGGGAUUUCAUCUUACUAAGUUUUUGAGUUCUCAACCUGAAGUUUUGGAAACUAUCUCUGAAGCAGAUAGAUCACCUACUACAAUAAGUUUUAAUUUUGAAGAAAAUAUGUCACAGAAGGCAUUGGGUUUACUGUGGGAUGUAUCUACUGAUGCAUUUCGUUUCGAAGUCAAUAUUGAGCAAAAACCAUAUACGAGACGUGGAUUGUUGGCGAUGCAAGCACAGAUUUUUGAUCCUCUUGGUAUUUUGGGUCCCUUUUUGUUACCUAUGAAGAGAUUACUUCAACAAUUAUGUGCAGAGAAUUUUACCUGGGAUCAACAGUUACCUGAUAAAGCUGUUGAUUUAUGGAGAAAGUGGAUGGUUCAACUUCCUGAAUUUAGAAUAGUUUCUAUGCCAAGAUGGUUCAAGGGCUCCAAAUAUGGUGAUUGUACAAUGCAGUUGCCUAUUUACGGUGUCAUCUUGAAGCUGUUUAAUAAUUUUAAUUACUAG